UUCUCAAUCCAAAAUACAAAGCCCCCAGCAGGGAAAGCUUAACCAACCACUUAAUCCCUGCUUGGUAUGGUGUGGAAAAGGGAAAUGUGAUCUCUGAACUGAAAACAGUGUCAAAGGCAGCUAUCACGGCUGAUGGGUGGACAAGCUUUUGUCAGGAUCAUUAUCUCACGGUUACUCUGCACUACGUGAGCAAUGGCCAGGUAAAGGAAAAGGUCCUAAAAACCAAAGCCGUGUACCAAUCUCAGACAGGCUCAGCUGUAGCAGAGGAGAUUGAUUACAUUUUAGAAGAAUAUGGUGUACGGGAAAAGGUUGUGGCAGCAACUGUAGACAAUGCAGCGAACAUGGAUGUAGCCAUCAAACAGCUGCAAAUUGUCAAAUUUCCAUGCUUCGCUCAUACGCUGAACCUGGGAGCGCAAAAGCUGUACAACUGCACUGCCAUAUCCAAUUGGGCAGCACGAGUUCGAGCAGUUGUUGUCUGGAUGAAGAGGUCCCACAUGGCAAAAGUUGUUCUUAAAGAGAAACAAGACUUGCUCAAGCUGCCCAAGCACAUGCUCCUCCUGGAUGUAAGGACCAGAUGGAAUUCCCUCUAUUUGAUGAUGGAGAGAUUCACCGAGCAGUUCCCUGCUAUCCAGGCUGCAGCCAUAGAUCCACGCAUAAGAAGGCCCAUGGAGAAGGAAAGGUUGGACAGAAUAGGCAACGAGGACUUAAGGAAAGCAGAGGAGUUUGUGCAUCUCAUGCGGAAGCAUUACACCUCCACACUGGCCGUCUCCAGCGACAAAAGUGCAACCUGCGGUGAGAUUUUGCCCAUCUUGCAGAAGCUGGAGCAACAGUACACUGUGCAGGAAGGUGACUCUGCGUUCACAAGGAGCAUCAAGGAGAACAUUUGGAAGGAUCUCUCCAAACGCUACCAGGGAACUGACAUUCAGAGAUUCCUGGAGGAAGCCACCAUCUUGGACCCCAGAUUUAAAUACAAAGUGAAAAGUGAUGCAGUCUGGGACAGGAUCAGGGAAGCUGCAAUAACAGCAAAUACAGUGGCAGCAAGAGAUGAGCUCCCAGGGGAAGGAGAGACACAGAGGGAAGGCUGCGAAGAUGGGGAGGAGGAAGAAGUAGAGGAACACUAUGCACUGCCACCACCAUCAAAAAAGACAGCCUUGGAAGAACUAUUCGAGGAGGAGGACAACGAGCUGCAGUCAAUCCGUGAAUCACAGCCCCGUCUUUCCCUGGCUCAGAAGGUGGAUCAGGAAAUCCAGUUCUACAAAAGCCUGCCCUCCAUCCCCUGCAGGGAUAGCGCCGCACUGUGGUGGUGGAACAAGCAGGAUACGCUGCCCUUGCUAUCUGGACUGGCUGAAAACUACCUCUGUGUGCAGGCUUCCUCCACCCCAUCUGAGAGGGUGUUCUCCACGGCUGGAGACACCAUAAGCCCCGAAAGAUCCCGUAUCCUUCCAGAAAAAGCAGAUAUGCUCAUAUUUCUGCAAAAGAACUGUUAAUUUUCCCUACUACUACUUGAGUGCACACACACACACACUCACACUCAC